AUGGCAACUUUUGAUUGUUUAACUACUGAGUUACUACUUGAAAUCUUCGAUUAUUUGUCGUUUACUGACAUAUUCCGUGCAUUUUUUAAUCUUCAACAACGUAUCAAUGAUGUUAUUCAAACCUAUCCAGUAUGUAUCGAUCUAACACAGACAACUGAUCAGAAUGCGCUUGUCUAUGGUCCUUUUCUUUGUCGUGCAUUAAUAAUAGCAUGCGAUGACUCACUAGAAAAUGAAAUAAACGCUUUACCGUUGAAUUUUGGAGUCAUUCGAGCACUUGAAUUUAAGUAUGGUAAUUCUACUAUGCUUCUAUCAAUUUUUGAUCAAUUACCAAUAUCACAACUUGAAUCGAUCACGAUUGAUAAUUUUGACAACGAAAAUAGUUCUGUAAACAUUGAUCAACAAAUCUGGUCAACAAUUGCAAUAGCUGGUCAAAAUAAACUUCGUUAUUUGCGUGCAUCUCUCCCGAUUAUUAGAGAAGACACUGAACAACUCUUGUUCGAUUUACCCAGCUUAAAAUGCGCCAUUCUUAAUCAUGUGUCUGCCGAAGAAGUGUUGAGAUUUAUUCUUCAUACACCUAAUCUCUGUUCUUUGACGAGCAGUGUUGCUGUCUGGAACAUUCAUAAUUAUGAACCUAGUUUUACUCUGAGUAAUUUUCGUCAUCUUGACUUGCGCAUCAAAGGUUGCAAUUCAUUUGAAAGACUCGGUCAAAUUUUUUCUGUCUGUCCUUAUCUAACUCAUUUGAUACUUCGAUUUUGGAUUACAGAAAGUAAUGUUUUCAUGGUUGAUGGAACACAAUGGCAAACAUUAGUGGAGCAAUAUUUACCUUGCCUUGCGUACCUAAAAGUACGACUAUUCAGAUAUGAGAGACUAAUGGAUGAUCCUAAUUUUGACGAUACAUUCAAUCUAUCUGAAUAUUGGUUCAGACGAAAACCAGAGUUUGACAUAAAGGUAUGGUGA